CGUAAGAACGGAACCAGGGAAGGGAACCGCGGAAGACCAAAAGUCGAAGGAAGAAGAAGAGUCGCCUCAUCUCGACUGCCUCCGGCUGCCCGCCUCACCACUACGCCGUCCAGGACUUCUGCAUUGACUUCGGUCUUCAGAUUUUCACCCCAAUAAUACAAACUUAGAGAUGAGGGGUCUGCAGAUGUCUUUCAACAAAACACAGAAGAUAAGGAUGGAGAGAGCAAUGGAGCUGUUGGAGUCACUAUCAUCAAAAACCAACUCCAAUGCCUAUGUAACGGUUUCUGAUAUCAUUCCUAUGGAUGGUGAAGAUGGUGUUCUCAAGGGACAUGGGACGCUUGAGAUGGAUUCCCAAAUUGGUGCAAUUGUAUGUGGAGUUCUCGAACGAGUUAACAAACUUGUUUGUGUGAGGUCUUUGAGAGCCAGGUACAAGCCAGAAAAUGGUGACAUUAUCGUGGGGCGAGUGGUUGAGGUUGCUCAAAAGCGAUGGAGGUUGGAUAUAAACUCUAGCCAAGAUGCAUUGCUGAUGCUUUCCUCUAUGAAUUUGCCAGAUGGCAUUCAGAGACGGCGAACUGCAGUCGAUGAGCUAAACAUGAGAAGUUUCUUCGAGGAGAAUGAUGUAGUUUGUGCUGAAGUUCGUGGGUUCCAGCGUGAUGGCAGUCUGCACCUGCAAGCUAGAAGCGAGAAGUAUGGAAAGCUUGAAAGGGGUCAGCUGCUCAAAGUUUCUCCCUAUCUAGUGAAGAAGCGGAAACAGCAUUUCCAUCAUCUAGACCAGUAUGGAAUUGACCUGAUACUUGGCUGCAACGGGUUCAUUUGGGUUGGGGAACAUGUUGAUGUAAAAGCUGACACGCCGAAAGAUCAGUUACUUAGCAACACCAAAUCUAGCACUCCUUCAUUCCUCGACGAAGAAGAAGAAGAUGAAGAGGAAAGGUAUACGACUCCUCGGCAUAUCAGGGUUUACAUAUGCAUGAUAGCGAAUGCCAUUAGAGUGUUGUCGGAUUUAGGGUUUACGAUAACCGUGGAAGUGCUAUUGGAGACAGUCGUCUUGAGUGAGUCGUUGAAGAUAGAUGUGGCCGAUAUGCUGGGUGCAGAGUUCUAUGUAUUGGUUGCUGAGAAGGAAGCCGAAAGACGAAGCAAGGCUACGACGAAAAGAUGAUUCUUCCCUCCAUUCUCUUUGUUCUUGACCAGGGUUUUAUGUGAUUCUUCAUUCAUGUUGCUGGUGUCAAACUAUGGAAUUUUAGUGUCAAUAUUAUGACCUUUUUUUUGUGAUCAACUGCAACUCAAGUGAAUCACUCAUUUUUUAUGCUACCGAGAGAGGGGUGUCAUCUAAUUUCACGUUGAAAUGAGAAGAAUACUUUGAGAUUAAUAAUAUGAUAGUCCCUCCGGUCCUUAAAGAUUGGCACAGUUUGAUUUUUUUAGUCAAACUGUGGCAUCUUUUGAGAACGAAUUAUAGAAAAUGUAUAUUUAGUUAUAUUGUAAAUUUAGUAAAAUUGAGUUCAGUUU